UGUAGUAAAGGUGUAUCUGCAAUCCUUUGUGUAAUAUGGUUCUAUCUUGAUGUAGAUAGAACUUUGUUUUUUCUAACUGCACAGAUAUAACUUUGUUAACAUCAUUAUCUUGACAACAGCUGUUAUGGAGAGAGGGAUUUGAGUUGUAACGGUUUUUUGCGAACCAAGUUAUUAUUGCUAUAAAUUGUCGUGUGCUUUUGUUGUGAAAAGAGAGAAGUGUGUGUAGACUUGCAUAUUUCUGUUUUGUUAAUAUGGAAGGUAUACACCCACGUACGUUAAGAAUUAUUAGUAUGGGUAAGUAUAUAAAAAUUAUAAUAUAAACUAGUUUAUUUAUUGUAGCUAAGCAGGAAGUACUGGUUAGUUGUGAUGGAACCGAGUAUGAUAAGCAAGACGUUACUAAGAAUGGGUAGGCACAAAAACAAUGUCAUAGAUGAAUAAUUUGAUUUCUCUUUAGAAUAGAAGCUUCGAAUCAUACUCCUCCUGAUUUAGAUGAACAUAUAAACAGUGUCCCUAUGCAAUCUUGUGAUUACAAUGAUGAUGGCAUCGUCCUAAUACAAAUUAAUGCAGAGGACAUACCAGCUAUGAAGGAAGAUGCAGCUAUUCAAGUGAUAGAAGACGUUGAAAUAGUUGAUCCCAAUGGGCAUAUCAUUACAAAUAUUAAUGAACUUUCAAAUUCUAACGUUCGUGAAAUCGUACCAUUGGAAGAAGGCACACAUACUUUGCAAUCAGAAAGCUUUGCUGACGUGCAAAAAUUAGGUCCUGAUGAAAAUGGAGAUGCUACACCUACAGCAUCGCAAAAAACUAGAAAGCGAAAAUGAAACGUAAAUGAAUGGAAAGUUAAUGUUCGUAAGAGAAAGUGUCAGGCAGGAGAAGAAUACGUCAAUGUUAGGGGCAAAACCGUUACGCGACGAAAGCUAACAAACAAAAAAAAUUGUUUAGAAAAUUGCAAAUUUAACUGUGCAAAAAAGAUUUCAUUAGAAGAAAGGGAACAACUUUUUCAAACUUACUGGUCUUUAACGCAAAAUGAGAAGUAUGUGUUUAUAAAAGCCACCACCCAAAAAGUACUGAAAGGACGAAGAACUACUGAAUUAUCUAGGAGAAAGUACACGUUUGUUUAUAAUUUAAAGGUUAAAGAAGAGAUCAUUAGGGUGUGCAAACAAUUUUUUUUAGGAACUCUUAGCAUCUCACAAAAACCUAUCUACACAUCCCACCUUAAUGUCAAUGAAGUAAAGAAAGAUCAAAGAGGAAAGCAAAAAAAGACUUCACAGAAUUUUAAACAAAAUAAAGAAGAUGUUAUGGAACAUAUUAAAAGAUUUCCUGUGAUAGAAUCUCACUAUUGCAGGCGAACUACAAAAAGGAAAUAUUUAGAGCCUAAUUUGAGCGUCGCCAAAAUGUACAAUCUAUAUGUUAAAGAUUGUGAAGAAAAAAACACAAUUCCGGUUAAGUUAUCUUAUUAUAGGCACAUUUUUACACAUAAUUUCAAUUACGGGUUCCAUGUACCCAAGAAGGAUAGGUGCCUAAAAUGCGAGUCCUAUAAGAUAAAGAAAGAAGACAAAACUUUAUCACAGGAAGAGGAAGACGAAUAUAAUACCCACAAUGAAUUGAAAGCCCGGAUGAGACUUGAAAGAAACACUGAUAGAGAUAGUAAAAUUCCUACACUCAGUUUCGACUUGGAAAAUGUUAUCACAUGUCCCCGUUCGGAAGUUGGCGAUUUUUUUUACUCCCAAAAAUUGAAUAUCUACAAUUUAACAGGACAUUUUUCGACCACUGGGCAAGCUUAUUGCGCCAUUUGGUCAGAGUCGAGGCAAGGUCGCGGUGGGAACAUUAUUGCCAGUGCGUUCAGGAGAAUUUUGGACCAAGUCUUAACUGACAAUAAUGUCUCCGAAUUGAUUACCUGGAGCGACUCUUGUGUUCCCCAAAAUAGAAAUUCUUUUAUUUCAUUGGCCGUGAUGAAUGCCAUUAGGGAGCAUCCAGAACUAGGAGGUAUCACAAUGAAAUAUUCCAUACCAGGACACGGUGCUAUCCAAGAAGUAGACAACAUUUAUAGUAAUAUUGAGAGAUUUAUGGCGAAAACUGAAUUUUAUUCCCCUCUUUCUUUCAUGAGAAAUCUGAAGUCUGUAAACAAUAGAAAACCUUACAAGAUAUUACAAAUGCGAGACGAAGAUUUUAAAGAUUUUGAAAAAAAUGCAAAAAGGUUAUCUUUUAAUAAAAUUCCGUUUUCGAAAGUAGCCGCUCUUCAGUUUACACAAAAUUUAUUUGAAGUUGGCUACAAAUUAAAACAUGGCGAUGAUUUUGUGAUGCAAACUUUAAAAAAUGAUCGGGCUUUGGGCAUUCCUUCACGCCGCAAUAAAGAAACCACAAGCGUUUUAGAUUUAAAACCAAAAACGUUAAUACCCAAAAAUUCAUUACCGGAGGAGAAAAUAAAGGCCAUUAAAAAGAUGAUAGACAGCUGUAUGCCGGACAUAGACAAAAAGUAUUUUUCAGCACUAUUAAAUACACUGAAAUAA